CAUAAUGUUAUUGCAUUAUCCUCUACACGACAUCAAAUAUUAGUGACAUGAGAAAGAGUCAUUUAGUUAACACUCAUAGUGGUGCCACGUCACUCCUCUCCCCUUCUUCUCUUCUUUAUCAUCACUACAAAAAAAAACCCCCGAGAUUACCAUUCCGAAUUCCAUUCCUCCUCCAAAGAAUCCACGGACGAUCACCUGUCCACCGCCGUCGUCUUCUCCGUCUCCGAUGCGAUGCGACACCUCGCCGUCGUCCUCCUCCUCCUCCUCCUCCUCGCCGCCCUCGCCGCCUCCCAGGAAUUCACCUACUCCGGCUUCCGCAACGGCGGCGGCGGCGGCGGCGCCGGGAACAGCCCGAACCUGACGCUGAACGGCGUGACGGAGCUCCGGCCGGACGGCAUCCUGCGGCUCACCAACGAGACGUCGCGGCUCAUCGGCCACGCGUUCUACCCGUCCCCCCUCCGCCUCCUCGCCGGCGGCGCGGCGGUGUCGUUCUCGACGGAGUUCGCGUUCGCGGUGGUGCCGGAGUAUCCGAAGCUGGGCGGCCAUGGCCUCGCGUUCGUCGUCGCGCCCGACCCGCGCCUCCCCGGCGCGCUGCCGAGCCAGUACCUGGGGCUGCUCAGCGCCGCCGACGUCGGCAACGCCACCAACCACGUCCUCGCGGUGGAGUUCGACACCGUGCAGGACUUCGAGUUCGGCGACAUCAAUGACAACCACGUCGGCGUCGACCUCAACAGCCUCGUCUCCAACGCCUCCGCCUCCGCCGCGCCGGUCAACCUCAAGUCCGGCGACACCAUCGUCGCCUGGGUCGACUACGACGGCGGCGCGAAGCUACUGAACGUCUCCAUCGCCGCCGCGUCGGCGUCGAAGCCGGCGUCGCCGCUCAUCUCGUUCCACGUCGACCUGUCCCCGAUCUUCCUCGACCAGAUGUUCGUCGGCUUCUCGGCGUCCACGGGCCUCCUCGCGAGCUCCCACUACCUCAUGGGCUGGAGCUUCAAGCUCGGCGGCGGCGCCGCGCCGCCGCUCGACGUCCCCUCCCUCCCGUCGCUGCCCCGCCCCGCCGCCGGCGGCAAGAACCGCACGUCGGCGAUCCUCGCCGCGGCGUUCUCGGCGUUCGUCGCGCUCGUCGCCCUCGCCGGCGCCGCCGCCUACGCCGCCCACCGGUACAAGAACCGCGACGUGGUCGAGCCAUGGGAGCUCGACUACGGGCCACACCGCUACAGCUACGCCGAGCUGCGGCGCGCCACGCGCGGGUUCCGCGACCGCGAGCUCCUCGGCGCCGGCGGGUUCGGCAAGGUGUACCGCGGUGUGCUCCCGGGGAAGCCGCCGCGCACGGUGGUCGCCGUGAAGCGCGUCUCCCACGAGUCCCGGCAGGGCCUCCGCGAGUUCGUCGCCGAGAUCGCGUCCAUCGGGAGGCUCCGCCACCGCAACCUCGUCCAGCUCCAGGGGUGGUGCCGCCGCCGCGGCGACCUCCUCCUCGUCUACGACUACAUGCCCAACGGCUCCCUCGACAAGCACCUGUUCGGCGACGGCCUCGCGGCCGCGCGGCUGACGUGGGGCGCCCGCGUGAAGGUCCUCCGCGACGUGGCGGCGGCGCUGCUCUACCUCCACGAGGGGUGGGAGCGCGUUGUGCUCCACCGCGACGUGAAGGCGAGCAACGUGCUCCUCGACGGCGACAUGUCCGGGCGGCUCGGCGACUUCGGGCUCGCGAAGCUGCACGAGCACGGCGCGAACCCGAGCACGACGAGGGUGGUGGGGACGCUGGGUUACCUGGCGCCGGAGCUGACGAGGACGGGGAAGGCGACGGCGGCGGCGGACGUGUUCGCGUUCGGGGCGCUGGCGCUCGAGGUGGUGGCGGGGCGGCGGCCGAUCGAGCCGCGGGCGCCGCCGGAGGAGCUCGUGCUGGCGGAGUGGGCGUGGGAGAGGUACGCCGCCGGCGAGGUGGGGGCGGUGGUGGACGCGAGGCUGCGCGGGGAGUUCGACGCCGGCGAGGCGGAGGCGGCGGUGAAGGUCGCGCUCUGGUGCUCGCACCCGGCGCCGGCGGUGCGGCCGACGAUGAGGGAGGUGGCGAGGUACCUCGACGCCGGCGGCGCGGCGGAGGUGCCGGAGCCGCCGCCGCCGCCGCCUCCCCCGCCGGUGAGCUCCGGCGAGGUCGGCUACUACGACUUCGUGCACUCGUACCCGACGUCGUCGUACGAGAGGGCGGCGGCGGCGGCGGACGGCGUGACGCAGACGUCGGUGGCCACGUUCCCCUACUCGCCGCUGUCGAUGAGGUCAUCCCACGUCAGCGUAUGACUCCACAGCCUGGGCCCGCCUGUCAGUAUAACGAUAGGUGGGACCCACUGCCCGCAACCUUGGUUCAAGUGGGACCAGAGAACCCAUUGUGAUACUCUGUUCUUGCCACCAAGGUCGUUAGCGUUGGGAUACAUAUUGUAGGAUACUGUGGUGGAUAGAACCGCACAUAUCGAUUUUAUGAUCAUUUUAGGUUUUAUCGUGCUAGUAUGGAGAUACGGAGUAUAGAAUCGUGUUAGGAUCGGGAUACCAGUGAAGUGUGGAGCAUCUGUUUUGUUUAAAUUUUGUAAAAUUAGAGACAAAUGACAAAAUUUUGAGGCAGGGACAAAUUGAGCGAAACCUCUCGAUUUGAACAGAUUCUUCGCCGCUUAGCUGUAGUUAGUCUGUGAAUUUGAAGUUGUGUAUUUGAGCUGAAUUUGUUAACCUCAAUGGGUGGCAUUGUAUAAUGAUUUUGUACAAAAUUCUGCUAAUGAUAAGUCAAUACCAGUACUGAUGGUUGGUUGGUUGGUCUUCCACCUACCAAAAUUUCUAUCC